AUGCCCGUGCGCAAGGGGCUUCUCGCGCCCCAGAACACCUUCCUCGAUACCAUCGCAACUCGUUUCGAUGGCACUCACAGUAACUUCGUGCUUGGUAAUGCACAAGUGCCGUCGUACCCGAUCGUGUACUGCUCAGAUGGGUUCUGUGAGCUGACAGGCUGGACAAGGGCCAACAUAAUGCAAAAGGCCUGCGCCUGUAAGUUCCUCCACGGCCCAGACACGAGAGAUGAACAUCGCAAGGAGAUUGACACCGCACUGGACACCAAACACGAGCUGAAGUUGGAACUUAUCUUUUAUAAGAAAAAUGGAUCUCCUUUUUGGUGUCUGCUGGAUAUCGUUCCAAUUAAGAACGAGAAACGAGAAGUCGUUUUAUUUCUCGCUUCGUUCAAAGACAUCACCAAUACCAAGAUGGCCGCCAUGAACACUAACGAGGAAUUCGACAGCGGAGCCGCGGUGCGGCCUUCGGCUGGCGUGGUCACUCUAGCGUUAUCCCCAUUUGUACCCGCAGCGGCACUCUUGGGCGCCAGGUUCCGCGCUGAAUCUAGUUGCCUACUUCCAGACCCGAAUGGGAAUCUUGACCCAGAAGCGCCUUCGCCCGCGAACAUGGGUAGGCGGCGCUCGCGUGCUGUACUAUACCAGCUUUCAGGACAUUACAAACCAGACAAAAUGAAGACUAAACUCAAACUCAACAAUAACCUACUUCACUCAACCGAUCCGCCUUUACCAGAAUACAAAACGUCCGCUGUGAAAAAAUCGAGAUUUAUAAUAUCGCACUAUGGAGUUUUUAAAACAUUUUGGGACUGGCUCAUUCUCAUAGCGACAUUUUACGUGGCUGUCGUAGUUCCAUACAAUGCGAGCUUUGUAGACGAAGGCCAUCCGAGGAUCAGCGUAACGAGUGACGUCAUUGUGGAAGCUCUCUUCAUUGUCGAUAUCGUACUCAACUUCCGAACGACGUUCGUGAGCAAGAAAGGAGAAGUAGUUUCGGACUCAAAAGCGAUAGCCCUUAAUUAUAUCCGGUCUUGGUUCGUGGUAGAUCUCUUGGCGGCGCUCCCGUUUGACCUACUUUACGCGUCGGACGUAUACAGCGGAGCGGAAUCAACCCACGGAAAUGUGCAUUUAGUGAAGUUAACGAGGCUGCUACGACUGGCGCGACUCCUGCAGAAGAUGGAUCGAUACUCCCAGUAUUCGGCGCUGAUAUUGACCUUAUUGAUGCUAUCCUUUACGCUUGUCGCGCACUGGCUCGCCUGCAUUUGGUUCAUAAUAGCGGAAAAAGAAAUUGAAGUUCACAAAAAUGAGAUUUGGGAUUUAGGCUGGAUAAACAACCUAGCGGAGAGACUGAAAGUGCCCAUCAUUAACAUAUCACACAGCGAGAGCUACGUCACCGCACUUUACUUCACCUGUUCCUCUCUGACAAGCGUCGGCUUCGGCAACGUUUCGGCGAACACUCUCCCAGAGAAGAUUUUCAGCAUAAUCACCAUGUUGAUUGGAGCUCUAAUGCACGCGGUCGUUUUUGGAAACGUCACGGCGAUCAUUCAAAGGAUGUACUCUCGGAGGUCAAUGUACCAGAGCAAGUGGCGUGAUCUGAAGGACUUUCUCACUAUCAAUCAAGUUCCGACGGAGCUGAAACAAAGAAUGCAGGACUAUUUCCAAACGAUGUGGUCGCUAAAUCAUGGCAUCGAUAUUCAUGAGACGCUUAAAGAAUUUCCCGAAGAACUGAGAGGCGACGUAUCGCUACAUUUGCAUCGUGAGAUCUUGUCACUUCCAAUAUUCGAAUCCGCGUCCCAGGGAUGUCUCAAAUUGCUUUCGCUACAUAUUCGGAACAACUUCUGCGCCCCCGGCGAAUACCUCGUCCACAAAGGCGAUGCCCUCACGUACAUCUAUUACAUCUGCAACGGAUCCAUGGAGGUGGUACAAAACGAUAUGGUCGUCGCUAUUCUCGGUAAAGGAGAUUUGGUUGGGUGCGACGUAAACACCCAUUUACAGGCUUACAACGGUACAGGAACGUCUCAAGGAAACAAUCCAGACAUCGUCGUCAAAUCUAGUUGUGAUGUAAAGGCUCUGACAUACUGCGAUUUGAAAUGUAUUCACAUGGCCGGCCUAGCAGAAGUGUUGCGAUUGUACCCCGAGUACCAGCAAGAGUUUAUUCAUGACAUACAACACGACCUCACUUACAACUUGAGGGAGGGAUAUGAGGCAGAACAGGAAUCUGACGGAAAUGGACAUCCAUCUUUAACGUUACCUUCCAUAUCAGAAGAUGAUGAAAACGCUGCGGAAGAUCAUGCUUUAACGCCUAAAAAGCUGCCUUCUUCUAACACUAAUAGUCCCCGUCACACUAAAUUUAGGAUUGACGGACAGCGCCUUUCUCACAGGGAGUUACGUGAGAGGAUAGAAAGGCAACGCUCUGUCGCAACACCGAAGAUAACUCGAGCCGAUUCCUUGGAAGGUCUAAAUUUAGAAGUGCAUAAUACGAGGUCUUCUGUCGAAAGAUUGGAUACACAAGUGUCUACUUUACAUCAAGACGUCGCAACACUCAGUAUGGAGGUAAGGAAUGCCAUACAGGCACUUCAAGAAAUGACAGGGCCAGCAGGAUGGCACGCGGCGCACUCUAUACCAAACUUGCAGUGGAACGCGCCCCCCAACCAACUUGCAAGGAGCUGCAGCCAUCCACCGGAUGUCUUUUGCUGGGAUCAACAGGAGAGACCAGUAACUCCUGAGCGCCCGAAAAUGCACCGCAGCACGCAAACCGAGCCAUUCCUUCACAGCGUAACCCAAUAUAUCAUGGAGCAUCCAGCUACUGUCAUGUUAUUACUCGGUAUCGAUCCGAUGUCGAGUUUGCCACCCGUCAUUCCGCAGCCCAUCGAUUAUUACGACACUCGACGCCGACCUAGCGCCCUAGAACAGAUUAUAGAGACUGAAACCGGAAGUCACACCCCUUCUAGUACCACCAGUGAGAAAUUCGAACCGAUCCGCAGCCUCAGUGGGAGUGCCAAGGAACUGACUGCCCACGAUCUGAGGAAGCAGUUUGAUAGAGAAAGCAAAGAACGUCUGAUAAGAAAUCGGUAUUCGACGAGUGAUAUACACGAGGAAUCGGAACGAUUGCUUGGCGCGAACAGGACACAUUCAAGCACCCGUAGCCUCAAGUACAACAUUAACAGUUAAAUAUUCCAUUACAUGUUAUGCUCAUUAGUAAUAGACGUAUGUAAAUGUCAGUAAUUUCAAUGUUAUUUGUUGUUACAUCAUUCAUAGUAUAAGAUAGCAUUAGACAUAUUUAAACUACAUAUUUGCCUACCAUAUCUAAUAUUCUAU